AUGGAUCAGACUGAGAACAAAACCCAGGUCUCCAGUGUUGCAAAAGAGGGUGAUGAGAGCUACUUAUGGGAGCGUCUUGUAGGUGAAUUUCAGUGUGGAAUAAGUCAAGCAAGCAUUCAUGUUGCUAAAAAGAUAGACAAACUGGGCAUGAGGUCAUCAGACACAGCUCAGAUCUUUUUUGAAGAUGUAAGGGUCCCCAGCAAAAACCUCAUCGGUGAGGAAGGAAAGGGUUUUACAUAUCAGAUGUUGCAAUUCCAAGAAGAGCGGCUGUGGGCAGUAGCCUCUGUCCUGACACCGCUGGAAGCUGUAAUACAAGAAACUGUUGACUACACACGCCAGCGGAAAGUGUUUGGCCAGUCCGUCUUGCACAACCAAGCCGUGCACUUCCGCCUGGCCGAGCUGGCAACCGAAGUGGAGCUCCUUCGCUCGCUGCUGUGCCGCGCUGUUGCUCUCUAUGUGGAAGGCAAUGAUGUGACAAAAUUUGCUUCCAUGGCUAAGCUAAAGGCAGGUCGUCUGGCCCGUGAGGUGACUGAUAGCUGUCUCCAGUUUUGGGGAGGAAUGGGAUUCACCAGCGAGGUUCUGGUGAGCAGGUUUUACAGAGACAUGAGAUUAGUAUCAAUAGGAGGUGGUACAGAUGAAACCAUGCUUUCUAUCAUAUGCAAAUACAUGGAAACACUUCCAAGCAACUGACGCAUCUCCCCUCUUCCUUGAAAAUUAAGCAAGCAAGAGCAUGGCUUGUACUGCACACUGAAGG